AUGAGUGCUACCAAGGCUGAAGCCCCCAAGGCGGUGGCCGUCGUUGCCCCUUCGGCUGGUGUUGGCCUCUAUGCCAAGUUCGCCCUUGCCGGUGCCCUCUGCUGCGGCGUCACCCACGGUGCUCUUACUCCCGUCGAUGUCGUCAAGACCCGAAUCCAGCUCGACCCUGCCACCUACAACAGGGGUAUGAUCGGUGGUUUCCGCCAGGUCAUUCAGUCUGAGGGUGCUGGUGCUCUCCUCACUGGCCUUGGUCCUACAGCCACCGGUUACUUCCUCCAGGGUGCUUUCAAGUUCGGUGGUUACGAGUUCUUCAAGCAACAGCACAUCAACCUCCUCGGAUACGAGACCGCCUCCAAGUACCGAACUGGUGUCUACCUCGCCUCCGCUGCUUGCGCCGAAUUCAUCGCUGAUAUCGCUCUCUGCCCUCUUGAGGCUACCCGUAUUCGUCUCGUCUCUGAACCCACCUAUGCUAAUGGCCUCGUCGGCGGCUUCUCCAAGAUGCUGAAGACUGAGGGUGUCGGUGCUUUCUACGCUGGUUUCGGUCCUAUCCUCUUCAAGCAGAUCCCUUACACCAUGGCCAAGUUCGUCGUCUACGAGAAGGUCUCCGAGGCUAUCUACCGCCAGUGGCCCAAGAAGGACAUGUCCGACGGCCUCCAGACUGCCGUUAACCUUGGUUCCGGUUUGAUUGCUGGUUUCGCCUCCGCCAUCAUCUCUCAGCCUGCCGACACCAUGCUUUCCAAGAUCAACAAGACCAAGGGUCUCCCCGGUGAGGGCACCACCACCCGUCUCAUCAAGAUCGCCAAGGAGCUCGGUAUCUCUGGAUCUUUCACUGGUCUCCCCGCCCGUCUCUUCAUGGUUGGUACCCUCACCGCCUUCCAGUUCGCCAUCUACGGUGACGUCAAGAAGGCCCUCGGUGCCGUCGGUGGUGUUGAGAUUGCCAAAUAA